AAAAUAAAAAAAAAAAGGAGAAGGAAAAGGAGCGGAAGAAAAUAAAAAAUAAAAAAAAAUGUCAGCGGCGGAUGUCUCUUUGACCAUAUCAAAGUCGUCUGCUAGAUCUGGAUCUGAAUCUGAUUCCACAAUAACAGUACAAAAUGCAUGUAAACCCGUACACAGCUUAGACACACAUGCAAUAGCAACAUCCUCGCACCAGCAAAUUCUCGACCAUGACAAAGCAAUAGAAGCAAUUGAAGCAACAGGCGCAACAAAAGCACAUCAUUCUAAUUAUCAUCAGCCUUCUCUCCCUCCUCUUUCUCCUUUUGAACCCAUUUCCUCCACUUCAACGAGUCCCACUGCGAGUACCACAGCCCCUUCUCCACCUCCUUCUCCUUCUCCAUUCCCAUCUCCAUCUUUAUCAUUAUCUCCUCUUCCCUCUCAUUCUUGCUAUUACUCCCCUGUGACCACGCCCUAUCCCAUCGUAUACUCUUCUCCCUCUCUUAUUGACUCUGCCCGUUCUGCUUCCUCUUCUGCAUCAGCCCUUCAUUCACUCUCUUCUUCCCCAUUCACUUCUCACCCACCACUUCGAUCUUCCAUCCCUCCCCCUCCAUUAUAUUCCCUUCCACUUUCACUUUCGCUCUCACUUGACCCAUCGCAACCACAGUCACAACAACACAUCUCCAACAAUACCACUACCAGACCUUUGUCAUUGUCUCUUUCUCUUUCCUCUCCUUCUUCUCCUUCUGUUCAUGCAUCUGGUUCUUAUCCUCAACUAGAGUCACAUUCAAACUCAUAUUUUCCACCUCUGUAUCAAGAUUGGAGAAACAUUCCCAGUAUCAUGUCAACUUAUCCGCCACCGCCCUUGUCCCCGGUCAUUCCUUCAAUCCCACAAUUAUCCACACACUCGCCACAAAGUGUUUACAACCUUGGAGAUGGUCAAGAACAAGCCAACAACAGCCCUACACCCAGCUUAACUAAUACAUCCAUAACUACAACCAACAACACCCGUCCUCGUUCCGUCCUUGACCUGGCCAUCGACACCGCAAGUACAAAUCCUGCUGGUCGUCGUGUGCGAAGGAACGUUGUGACUCGAUGGCGAAAUAUUCCUCGCAACGCACGUAUCUUUCUGACGUUUAAUGUUGUCAUGACAAUAGCCAAGAUUGUGUCAACAAUCGUAGUUUUGAUCUUAGAUAAAGAUGCAUACUGCCCGUAUCUAAAGGUUUUGCUUCUGCUCUAUGCUAUCCGAUCGGCUAUUGGCCUACCCUUCUCAGCUUAUGCUCACUUACACCCACGUAUCCAGGGAGCACCACUCACGACUCGUGACAUUAUUCUGGAACGACAAAGGACUUUAAUGGAGAUUGCAGGAACCUGUCUGUUCUUUCUUUCCAACUACUUUUUGUUCACUCAGGUCGACUGUCGAGUGAGAGCACCUGCGGUUUUUUACAUGACAGUUGUUCAUGUGAUUCUGGGCUAUAUUGUCAUUCUCAUCCCCAUCAUUUUAUGCUUGGCUGUCAUCCUAUGUUUGCCAUUGGUGCUCCAUAUCAUGCGUGCUCUGGAUCUAGGCCCUGUUGUAGGGGUCAAAGGAGCAACCGACGAAAUGAUUGAUGCUAUCCCAAUUGUCAAAUAUCGCAGACCUGUUGAAGUAGCAACGAAUGAGAGCACUCGAAGCACAGUGGUGGAUUUAAGUUCGACGGAUGAUAGGAUUGAAGCAGGAACGCCUUUGUCAAUCAUAGCUCCUACAACUAGCGCUCCAUCAGCUGUAUUGGGUGCACCCAAUUCAUCUUCAGUACCACAGUCUGCACCCCAAACACCAAAGAGAGGUCUAUUUGGGUUUUAUAAGAGAGGCAAAAAGUUGUCUGGAACGAACAAGAAUAGUGAUGGGUCUCUACCCUCACAGGAUAGCAAUUCGGUCGAAUAUUUGACGUUGUCAGACCCGCAGGAUGCGAUUUGUGCGAUCUGUCUUUGUGACUAUGAGAAUGAGGAAGUUUUGCGAAAGAUGAACUGUAACCAUUACUUUCACAAGGAUUGUGUGGAUGAAUGGCUGCGGUUGAAUAGAUGCUGUCCACUAUGUAAACGCGAUAUUGAGGAGCUUGCAGGAGUGCGGGAGCCAACAGAUACGAACACAGGAACAGGAACACAAGCAACGACCUCUUCACCAUUGUCUUCAUCACCUUCUCCAACUCUGCCAUCUGUGUCGCAACCUACUAUGACUGGAUCUCGUUCAUGAUUAUCCAGGUGAACAUAAUCAAUUUACG